AUGUCUGCUCCAAUCGCUAGCCAGAAGACCUACAGCAUUGCCUCCAUCCCAGCCGAUGGAAUUGGCCCAGAGGUCAUCAAUGCUGGUAUUACGGCUCUGAAUACCUUGACCGAUACCCUCAAGACCUUCAAGUUGGAGUUCAAGAAUUAUGACUGGAGCUCCGAAACCUACAAGAAGACCGGCAAAUACAUCCCGGAUGGUGGACUCGAGGAGCUCAAGAAGCACGACGCAAUUUUCUUCGGCGCUGUCGGCGCUCCUGAUGUUCCCGAUCACAUUUCCCUGUGGGGUCUGAGACUCGCCAUCUGCCAGCCGUUCCAACAGUACGCGAACGUGCGCCCAACACGGGUGUUCCGCGGCACCGAGUCCCCGCUGCGCAAUUGCGGGCCCAACGACCUUGACUGGGUGAUCAUCCGUGAGAACAGCGAAGGAGAGUAUGCUGGUCAGGGAGGCCGCUCCCAUGCCGGAAAGCCUUGGGAGGUUGCAACGGAGGUUUCUAUCUUCUCUCGUCACGGUGUGGAGAGGAUAAUGCGGUUUGCCUUUGAGACUGCUCAGAAGCGGCCGCGCAAGCUGUUGACUGUGGUUACCAAGAGUAAUGCGCAGCGCAACGGCAUGGUUCUCUGGGAUGAAGUGGCAAAGCUUGUUGCCGUUGAUUUUCCCGAUGUCACUGUGGACAAGAUGCUCGUUGAUGCCAUGACUACCCGCAUGGUUCUGAAGCCCGAAAGUCUGGAUACCAUCGUUGCUACCAAUUUGCACGCUGACAUUCUAUCUGAUCUUGCUGCUUCUCUGGCUGGAUCUAUUGGUAUCGCACCUACCUCUAACCUCGACCCUACACGAGAGUAUCCCAGUAUGUUUGAGCCCAUUCACGGCUCCGCUUUUGAUAUCACUGGCAUGGGUAUCUCCAAUCCCGUGGCUACAUUUUGGACGGCCGCGGAGAUGCUUGCUUGGCUCGGUGAGGAGGAGGCUUCCAAGCAGCUGUUGGUUUGCGUCGAGAAUGUCUGCGAGCAGGGAGUUCUUACCCGUGACUUGGGUGGUAAUGCCACGACAAAGCAGGUCACUGAUGCAGUUGUGGCAGAGAUUAAGAAGCUUGCGGCCAUUAGCCCACCGUUGCCACGGGGCUGUCCCGCACUGACUGACGGUUUGGUGAUUUCUGGCACCGGAGUCACUGCUCACUCUACCAAGUUCGUCGAUUCGCCAGUACAACUUACUCACAUUCGAGAUUUACCGGAUGGUAAUAAUGUCGACGCGGUCCGACUACGUGACAUUCUUGGAGAUCCCAUGAUCCGUGAAUGCUGGCAGUUUAACUUCAUCUUUGAUGUGGACUUUCUGAUGGCACACUUUGAUGAAGAUGUCCGGAGUCUAGUGAAAGUCAAGGUCGUACAUGGGUCGUGGCGGAGGGAGGAUUCAAAUCGCAUUCGAGUCGAGGAGGCCUGUUCGCGAUAUCCUAAUGUCGAGCCUAUUGUGGCCUACAUGCCGGAACCUUUCGGGACACAUCAUUCCAAGAUGAUGAUUCUUCUUCGACAUGAUGACCUAGCUCAGGUCGUUAUCCAUACGGCAAACAUGAUCCAUAUGGAUUGGACCAACAUGACCCAGGCUGCCUGGCUCUCUCCAUUGCUUCCCCUGCAGAAGGCAACCUCGGUAGAAUCUCCCACAGAUGCAAAAGUUGGCUCGGGCGCACGCUUCAAAAGAGAUCUCCUCGCUUAUUUGAAAGCGUACGGACCUAAAAAGACUGGUCCGCUAGUCCAGCAGCUGGAUAACUAUGACUUCUGUCCUAUUCGUGCUGCCCUCAUUGCUAGUGUCCCGUCCAAAAAGCACGCCAGUGACUCCAGCUCAGACGAAGAGACACUAUGGGGCUGGCCUGCUGUCAAAGAUUUGAUGGGCCAAGUACCAAUCCAGCAGAAAAACACAAGCAAGAAACCACACAUAGUCAUACAGACCUCCUCGGUAGCAACCCUCGGUCAGACAAACAAAUGGCUCAAAGACGUCUUUUUCAAAGCCCUCACCCCAACGCACAGCCCACAACCGACCUACUCAAUAAUCUUCCCGACCCCAGACGAAAUCCGCCGCUCCUUAAACGGCUACAACUCCGGCGUCUCAAUCCACAUGAAAAUCCAAAGCGCAGCACAACAGAAGCAACUCCAAUACAUGAGUCCGUAUCUCUGCCAAUGGGCUGGUGACAGCCUCCCCCCAGGUCAAUGCAUCGACCUAUCCGAAGACAAUCCCCCAAAGCGCGAAGCAGGCCGCGCCCGCGCAGCACCACACAUCAAGACUUACAUUCGCUUCGCGGACUCAGACAUGAAGACCAUUGACUGGGCGAUGGUCUCGUCGGCGAAUCUGUCCACGCAGGCGUGGGGUGCGGCGACGAAUGCUAGUGGCGAGGUGCGCAUUUGUAGCUGGGAGAUUGGCGUUGUUGUUUGGCCGGAGCUUUUCCGAGAUGGAGGUUGUGAUGAUGCUGCAUCUCCAUCUGCAUCUGAAUCUGAAUCCCGGGCGGAAGGGAAACCCCCUGCGCCGGACGUGCUGAUGGUUCCUUGCUUUAAGCGGGAUCGUCCUGUUGUGUCUGAUGGAGCUGAGACCGCUUCUAUGGUCGUCGGGUUCCGGAUGCCUUAUGAUCUUCCGUUGACGCCGUAUGGCGCGGGUGAUGAGCCGUGGUGUGCAACUGCUUCGCACGCUCUACCAGACUGGCAGGGGCAGAGUUGGGUUGUUUGA